UGUUGCGAGGAGCUUGACGGCAGGUCGGCGCAGCUGCUUUCUUUGCGAAGGAAUGUCGCCGAUGUAUUUGUGUGGAGAUGGAGCUGUGACAGAUGUGUUGAGGAGAAGAUGUCGGGACCGCAGCGUCGUAUCUCACUGAAUAACUAUGCUGCUCAGAAAACAUGGUAGUUCCCUCCACCUCUGACAGGCAAAGAAGAACAUCUAGACAGGUUUAAGGGAGGCUAAAUUUAGAGUCCGUAUUAAGUCAUUUGGCAUCAUAUUUGCUUCCAAGCAUGGACCCUUAACUUCCUCCGCCACCAGAACACACUAUCUCUUGUUCCUUGAGUUGUCAGGAGUCGUCAGGCAGAUUGUCGGUCUACUACCACUUGUCCCCGGAAGAAUAUCUUGAAGCCUCAUCAACAUGUUUUCAGCGCUGAAGAAACUGGUGGGAUCUGAGCCAGGGCAGCUAAGGGACAAGAACAUCCCCGCUGGCCUUCAGUCGAUGAACCAAAGUUUGCAGAGACGCUUUGCCAAAGGGGUCCAGUAUAACAUGAAAAUAGUGAUCCGAGGAGACAGGAACACUGGAAAGAGUACUUUAUGGCAUCGACUUCAGGGCAAGAAGUUUGUGGAGGAGUACAUUCCUACUCAGGAGAUCCAAGCCACGAGCAUUCAUUGGAAUUACAAAAUGGCUCCGUAUCAAGCUACUGAUGAUGUGGUGAAGGUAGAGGUGUGGGACGUGGUGGACAAAGGCCAAAAAUAUCCUCUUCCUGAAGGUGUAGGCAAAGGCAAAAGGCGUGGUGACAAUUUGAAACUGGAGAAUGAGCCCCAAGAGUCGGAUGAGGUCGCCCUGGAUGCAGAGUUCCUGGACGUGUACAAGAACUGCAACGGAGUCAUCAUGAUGUUUGAUAUUACCAAGCAGUGGACAUUUAACUACAUCCUGAGGGAACUGCCCAAAGUACCCACCCAUGUCCCGGUGUGUGUGCUGGGAAACCACAGGGACAUGGGCGAGCAUCGCGUCAUCCUUCCUGAUGAUAUAAGAGACCUGAUCGCUGGGCUCAACAGACCGAUGGGAUCGUCUUACAUCCACUAUGCUGAGUCCUCUAUGAAGAAUGGGUUUGGCUUGAAAUAUCUGCACAGGUUUUUCAACAUCCCCUUCCUUCAGCUACAGAGAGAGACCCUCUUGAGGCAGCUGGAGACCAACCAGCUAGACAUGGAUGCCACUCUGGAGGAGCUCUGUGUUCAGCAGGAGACUGAGGAUCAGAACUAUGAAAUUUUCCUGGAGAACUUGGAGUCCCGCAGUAAGGGCUACGGCUCUCCUGGUCCAGCCAACGGUCAGAGUCCCUCGUCGGGCUCCCAGUCCCCCAUCGUCCCUCCCAGUGGGGCCUCCACUGGCAGCUCUAGCCCCAGCACCCCACAGCCCCCUAUCCCCUCACAGGCGCUCCCACAGUCGCCAUCCGUGUCCGCCUCGUCCCCACCACCCCCCACAGCAGCGGUCGGCGGGGCAACUUCACCUACUGCUGAGAUCAAGCCGUCGGCCCAGUCGCCCGAACACCUCCAGUCCUCAGCUGCUGCUGGAGUGUCGGGACCCCAGAAACGCAGCUUCAUCUCCCGCUGGUUUGGCUCAUCUCCUGCUGCUGAGGCUCCUGCUUCUGCACCAGAGGACCCUCCAGCACCAGCGGCUCCGGCUAAGGUGCAGAGUGUGGAUGAUUUUGUGCCAGAUGAAAGACUGGACAAGAGUUUUCUGGAGGACAGCCUGCCCUCGAGGAGCAAGGCGUCCCAACCUGCACCCACUGCAGCUGUGGACAGCGACAGUGAUGGCGAAGGCAGAGGAAACCCGAUGGUGUCCGGUUUCCAGGACGAACUCGAUCCUGAUGACACAGAGCCCAGCCUCCCCCAGACUAAGAUUCUGCCUCCCAGUAAAGAUAUCACUCUGACCAGUGAUGAGGAGGAGGGAGUCCCAGCAGCCCCAACAAUUACACAGGACCAAGACCUGGACAGUGAGCAAGAGCUGAAAGCGCCUGUGAUCCACAUCACAAAACCAAAGGUGGUGUCUAAAGCUCCAGAGCCCAGAGACCAGACCGCAACACCCAUCUCCCUCACCUUAACUCCAGCAUCAGAGCAGCCAGCCAGACAAGGUAAGAAGAAGGGAAACACACCCAAAGCUGAAGACUCCGACACCGACCCUGAGGCCCCGGUAGCCCAGCAGAUGCUGUCUUUUGUCAUGGAUGACCCCGACUUUGAGUCUGAAGCGUCAGACACACCAAAAAUAGCAAAGGACUCGUUUCCCGUCAGGGAUGAGCUCCUGUCCGACCUCUCUGAUGACGACAUGCAGUUAGCCAAGGUGCCAGAACCUUUGAGGCCCACUGUGAUCUCCUUUAAACUCAAGGAUGAUACUGACCUGUUUGGUCUUGGAAUCCACGAGGAGCCGGCUGCAGCCAAGGACAGCAGUGACGAUCAAGAAGAGAAGGAAAGCAAACACUCCUCCAAAGAAAAGAAGAAAAAGAAGAAGAAGAGCAAAGAGGAGGAUGAAAAGAGCAAGAAGAAACACAAACACAAGAAAAAGGAUGAGGCUGCAGCAGGAGAUGAGAAGGAGAAAAAGAAAAAGAAAUCCCGGACCAAGAAAACCGAAGUGGAUGAGCUGGAGGACUUCCUGGGAGGAGGAGCUGGAUCGAUCAAAAGAGACGACGGCGAUUACGAAGAACUAUAAGAGCAGCAGCGAGGCGUGAGAUCGCUGAUAAAACCUCCUGGUUCCUUGACUUGUAUGUGCAUAAAGCAGCAUCUCCAAGCCAUACACUAUACGCAAGGCUACCACCUGCAUCCAGGUAAAACAACCAAGAGCUCUGGUACCUGUAUGUUCCUCUGAUUUAUCCUCGUCUGCACUACUGCUCACUUCCAUUCCAAACUGUAAGAACGAGGGGGGUGUGCUGUAGUGAGUCGUGACGUCAAAUUUGACGAUUGGUGGCCUCAGAUCGGCUCUACUUUGACCUUACAGGAUACGUCGGCUUAACGUUUUCUUUGAUUUGAUUCACUCUGCAAGAGAUCCACUCCCACUCAGCUGCUGUAAAUAGGGUUCCCAUUUAGUCUGAAUGUCUGUAUGGUUGGUGUUAUAACUGAGAGCAUGCUCAAAGUGACGAGUGACUCCUUAAAGAUUCCAUCGUGUUCUUUCUGUUUCUUUCCUACUUGUUGGCUUAAAUGGUUGAUGGGAGAUUUAGUGUUGUGUCUAAUUAUGAACAGAAUUUAGAGUGAUUUAAAAAUGAAUUUCCUUUUCUACUCCUAGUGUACAUCGUCCACACUACGUCAGCUGAAUCUGACAGUUUUUCUUUUUUUCCUUUCUGAUGGCCGUUUAUCUACUGACCGAAGUUGCUCCAUGUCUUGCAGUCAUCAUAGACUUUUUUAAAACGCCACUACAGCCAAUAAUAACAACAGUAUUUAUGCUGAUUGUGGUUUGAUAACUGUCAUCACAAAAUAGUCAUUUAACCAGCUUUUCAGCACCGCAGAACCAGUUUUAGAUAUCAACCAAUGUGUGUUUUUAGGGCUGGUUUUAUUAAUACUCAAGGAGACCGAUAUCUGAUAUCAAAAACAUAACUGCAAAAUAUCAAAAUCCUCCACAAACUCCAACACAAAACAUCAUUGAAAUGCCUCUGAUUAUUUACUUAAAUAAGAGACCCUCAGUGUUAGAUGUGCUGUGGCUGGAACUACAGACAGAGAGACAGCAGCACGUUUUUAAAUCCAUUUAUGUCAUCAGGAACCGGUCAGAAAGAUGACACUGAUGAUCUGAAAAAAGCUAAAUAUUUGAUGUGAGAAUCAGCCAUUCCGAUAAGUGGUUGACCCAGACUUUCUAUGUCAUGAACAAAUCACUGUGUUACACUCCAAAAACCUGCCUGUAGGAGCAGUUAAAUUAUGAGCUUGUCUGUAAUAAAACUCUCAUUUGCAAAUAGUUUCAGCCCACGCACAGAACUGGUUUCUCUCACCUCAUAGUUCCUGUUCACUUCUUUAGAUGAAACCUUAAAAAGAUUUUCAACAGCUAUGAUGUGUGUACGCAUAAAAAAUAUGUUUUGGAGAGUUAAAAAGUUAUCUAGUGCUCAGGCUACAUGAUAUCAGCUGUUUGACACGGCCAGUGACAUGAAUUAAUAAUCACCCAAUGGAAAACAAUUCCUAAAGACUUCUCUCUAGUUUUCUUUUGUAUGUAGGUGACGGCUGCACUCUGAGUCACAUACACUACCGUUCAAAAGCACUUAGAAAUGCCCUUAUUUUUAAAAGAAAAUCUUUUUUUUUCAAUGCAGAUAGCAUAAAAUGAAUGAUAAAUCCAGUCUAGACAUUGUUAAUGUGGUAAAUGACUAUUCUAGCUGGAAACAGCUGAUUUUUAAUGGAAUAUCUCCAUAGGGGUACAGAGGAACAUUUCCAGCAACCAUCACUCCUGUGUUCUAAUGCUACAUUGUGUUAACUAGUAGGUCCUAUAGCUGUCCUUACAAAGUCCACACUGUUUCAUGCUUACAGUUGGGACAUACUACUAUAUGUGGCUAAAACUUUUCCCGUCGCGGUCUGCAGUGUGAAAUGAGCAGCCAUCUGUUUGUGGCUCAAGCUUCUUUAUACUGACACUGCAGCGUAUGGAUGUAACUGCAGAGGAAUGUGGGUCAGAAUGGCUGAAGGGAAGCCAGCUAGCAACCAUCUAAUCAGGCAGAACUGUGUCAUCUGUAUGUGUAAUCACUUUCUCUCUUCUUGAUAGCUCAGUCUUCCUGUUGUAUGAUUUUAAAAUGAAAGCUGCCCGACCAUGGCUCUGGGCCUCUCGGCCUAUCAGCUCCCUGUUUGUUUACAAACCAACACAUUUACACUCUGAGAUCCAAUCACAGCACAGAUGUACACUACCGUUCAGAAGUCUGGGGUCACUUAGAAAUGUCCUUAUGUUAGAAAGAAAAGCAGUUUUCUGAAUGAUAAAUCCAGUGUAGACAUUGUUAAUGUGGUAAAUGACUAUUCUAGCUGGAAACAGCUGAUUUUUAAUGGAAUAUCUCCAUAGGGGUACAGAGGAACAUUUCCAGCAACCAUCACUCCUGUGUUCUAAUGCUACAUUGUGUUAGCUAAUGGUGUUGAAAGGCUAAUUGAUGAUUAGAAAACCCUUGUGCAGUUAUGUUAGCACAUGAAUAAAAGUGUGAGUUUUCAUGGAAACAUGGAAUUGUCUGCGUGACCCUAAACUUUUGAGCGGUAGUUAUACAUCACAUUGUAUUAGGUGUGAAUCCGGCCGGGGCAGUAAAGGUGAUAAUCACUCAGAUCUGCCAGACGUAGGUUGGGCUUUACAGAUAUGUUGGUGUCUGUCUAA